UCUAGCCGGGCCAAAGGCAGCCCUGGCUCCCUAGAGCUGGCCUGGUUGGGAUGAGAAGGGAACUCAUUCCGAUCCCGUCCCAGGCAUAUAUGCCUCCCAACCCCCAGAGAGGGUCACGAGCUAGCAGCGUCAGCCGUCACGGGUGAGACAGAGGGUACUAGGCCUCCGUCGUCGCUGCAACUGCAACCGAAAUCCUCCGCCGCCGCCGCCGCCGCGUCGAUCGAUCGGAAUCAGGAUCCCCGGCCAUCCAUCGAUUUUAUUAUUAAUGGAGCCCGCCGCCGCCGCCGCCACUGCCAUCUACCCUCUGCAUCGCUGCAAAACCAUACACCUGGUUCGGCAUGCGCAGGGUGUCCACAACGUGGAAGGCGAGACGGAUCACACCGCCUACAUGAAACCAGACUUCUUCGACGCUCGCGUCACUCCCUUGGGAUGGAACCAAGUUGACCGUCUACGAGAGCAUGUGAAGAAAUCUGGACUUAUGGAGAAGAUUGAGCUCGUUAUUUCUUCUCCUUUAUUGAGGACUAUGCAGACUGCAGUGGGAGUUUUUGGUGGUGAAAGCUACAGUAAUGGUGUCAGUGUGCCUCCACUGAUGGUGAAGAAUGCUGCAGACAGUGGACGCCCGGCAGUUUCAAGUCUGAACUGCCCUCCAUUUCUUGCUGUUGAGGCCUGCAGGGAGCGCUUGGGCGUACAUCCUUGUGACAAGAGGAGGAGCAUAACAGAGUACCGUACUCUCUUCCCUGCCAUUGAUUUUUCGCUGAUAGAGAGUGAUGAAGAUGUUCUUUGGGCACCAGAUGUCAGAGAGACCUUUGAGUCCCUCGCAGAAAGGGGUAUGAAGUUCAUUGACUGGUUAUGGACUAGAGAAGAGAGAGAGAUAGCCGUCGUCACCCAUAGCGGUUUAUUAUGCCAUACCUUGCGUAUGUACAGCAAGGAGUACCAUCCAACCGUAGCACAAGAAGUGAGCAAGUACUUUGCAAACUGCGAGCUCCGGUCCUUGGUUCUGGUUGACAGGAGUAUGCUUGGUUCAGAUCGCCCCAGUUACAACUACCCUGGCAAAAUCCCAGCGGGACUUGAUCUGCCCAGCGAUGAUGAUGUCGCUGCCGACAAGAAGCAGCCUUUGCAUUGAGGAAGCUCAAGACAGACAGAACCUGAGCGACUGAGCCUGUCUGAGGCUUGUUUGGUUUUCACCAUGAUUCCUUGAUUCUUUUUGUCAUCCCACUCUGAAACUUCCCUAGCUGCAUUUGGAUUUGGUCGAAGCUAAAGAUCUACGGAGAGACUUAUCAUCUACAGAGAGUACCAUCAUUGUUUCAUCUGUUUCCUCCCAACUUUCCAUUUGUGGGGAUGAGAGUUUUGAUACUCUUUUUCUUGAGAGGAUAGCACUGAAGUUAAAUGAAAGUAUGUGCACUGUCCCAAAGCCACUCCUCAGUCCUCGCUCGUCACUGUCUCCCUUGGGAUUUCUAAUCAUUUUGCCAUCGAUACGGUGGCUAACUCUCCAAUUGACAAGUUUAGCGCAGCAACUACAAAAUUACCUCGAAAAACAGUAACUCAGCUACAUUUUGACUACUUUUGCUGAUGAAUGAUACUUUACAGCAAUAAAUUGUGCUUCAUGAA